UCCAGUCUUCCAAAAGCCAGGGGCCAGUGGAUAAGACCAGAAGGCUUAGGAAACCUGGAAGAAGUGGGUCAGCUGUGAACACACCCCUCUCUGGGCUGUGGAGAGCUUGUUCCUCCCUCCUCUCCUCUCUGCUUCCCCCCAAAAUAGCUCCCUGAGCUUCACGGCCAAGACCCUCCCACGUCCGGGGAGGCGUGGCAUGCUGCCCUGAGCCAGGCUUUAAAUCCCCUCACAGCUGGGCAGCUCCACUCCCUGGUUGGAGGCAGCUAGGAGGCCAUCAUCUGUCCAGUUCGGCCCACCCUCCCACAGCCAUGUCCAGGCCUCUUUCAGACCAGGAUAAGAGAAAGCAAAUCAGUGUUCGUGGCUUAGCCGGAGUGGAAAAUGUGUCUGAGCUAAAAAAGAACUUCAACCGCCACCUGCAUUUCACCUUGGUCAAGGAUCGCAAUGUGGCUACUCCGAGAGAUUACUAUUUUGCACUGGCCCACACUGUCCGGGACCACCUCGUGGGACGCUGGAUCCGCACACAGCAGCAUUACUACGAAAAGGACCCCAAGAGGAUCUACUACCUGUCUUUGGAGUUCUACAUGGGCCGGACACUGCAGAACACCAUGGUGAACCUGGCCUUGGAGAAUGCCUGUGAUGAGGCCACCUACCAGCUGGGCUUGGACAUGGAGGAGUUGGAGGAGAUCGAGGAGGAUGCAGGGUUGGGCAAUGGGGGCCUGGGACGCCUGGCAGCUUGCUUUUUGGACUCCAUGGCUACCCUGGGGCUUGCUGCCUAUGGCUAUGGGAUCCGCUAUGAGUUUGGGAUUUUUAAUCAGAAGAUCUGUGGGGGCUGGCAGAUGGAAGAAGCUGAUGACUGGCUUCGCUAUGGCAACCCCUGGGAGAAGGCCCGCCCAGAGUUCACGCUGCCUGUGCACUUCUACGGCCGAGUGGAGCACACCAGCCAGGGUGCCAAGUGGGUGGACACACAGGUAGUUCUGGCUAUGCCCUAUGAUACUCCUGUGCCCGGCUAUCGGAACAACGUCGUCAACACCAUGCGCCUCUGGUCGGCCAAGGCACCUAACGACUUCAACCUCAAGGACUUCAAUGUUGGCGGCUACAUCCAGGCUGUGCUGGACCGAAACCUGGCCGAGAACAUCUCGCGUGUUUUGUACCCCAAUGAUAAUUUCUUUGAAGGGAAGGAGCUGCGGCUGAAACAGGAGUACUUUGUGGUGGCUGCCACCCUCCAGGACAUCAUCCGGCGUUUCAAGUCCUCUAAGUUUGGCAGCCGUGAUCCUGUGCGCACAAACUUCGAUGCCUUCCCUGAUAAGGUGGCCAUCCAGCUCAAUGACACCCACCCCUCUUUGGCCAUCCCAGAGCUGAUGAGGAUUCUGGUGGACCUGGAACGACUGGACUGGGACAAGGCGUGGGACGUGACAGUGAAGACCUGUGCCUACACCAACCACACGGUGCUGCCUGAAGCCCUGGAGCGCUGGCCAGUGCACCUCAUGGAGACACUGCUGCCCCGCCACUUGCAGAUCAUUUACGAGAUCAACCAGCGUUUCCUUAACCGGGUGGCGGCUGCAUUCCCUGGGGACGUAGAUAGGCUGCGGCGCAUGUCACUCGUGGAGGAAGGAGCAGUGAAACGCAUCAACAUGGCACACCUGUGCAUUGCUGGCUCGCACGCUGUCAACGGCGUGGCUCGCAUCCAUUCGGAGAUCCUCAAGAAAACCAUCUUCAAGGACUUUUAUGAGCUGGAGCCUCACAAGUUCCAGAACAAGACCAAUGGAAUCACUCCUCGGCGCUGGCUGGUUCUGUGUAACCCUGGGCUGGCAGAGGUCAUUGCUGAGCGCAUUGGUGAGGACUACAUCUCAGACCUGGACCAGCUGCGCAAGCUGCUCUCCUAUGUAGAUGAUGAAGCCUUUAUCCGUGACGUGGCCAAAGUGAAACAGGAAAACAAGUUGAAGUUCUCUGCGUACCUCGAGAGGGAAUACAAAGUCCGCAUCAACCCCAACUCGCUCUUCGACGUCCAGGUGAAAAGGAUUCAUGAAUACAAACGGCAGCUCCUCAACUGCCUGCACAUCAUCACCCUGUAUAACCGCAUCAAAAGGGAGCCCAAUAGGUUUAUGGUGCCGAGGACUAUCAUGAUUGGAGGCAAGGCUGCACCCGGGUACCACAUGGCUAAGAUGAUCAUCAAGCUUAUCACUGCCAUUGGGGAUGUGGUCAACCACGACCCUGCGGUAGGAGACCGCCUCCGAGUGAUCUUCCUGGAGAACUACCGAGUCUCCCUUGCUGAGAAAGUUAUUCCCGCUGCCGACCUCUCAGAGCAGAUCUCCACGGCGGGCACCGAGGCCUCGGGCACUGGCAACAUGAAGUUCAUGCUCAAUGGGGCUCUGACCAUCGGCACCAUGGACGGUGCCAAUGUGGAGAUGGCAGAGGAGGCGGGGGAGGAGAACUUCUUCAUCUUCGGCAUGCGAGUGGAGGACGUGGAAAGGCUGGACCAGAGAGGGUACAAUGCCCAGGAGUAUUACGACCGAAUUCCUGAGCUUCGGCAGAUCAUUGAACAGCUAAGCAGCGGCUUCUUCUCCCCCAAGCAGCCUGACCUGUUCAAGGACAUUGUCAAUAUGCUCAUGCACCAUGACCGGUUUAAAGUCUUUGCAGAUUAUGAGGAAUACAUUAAAUGCCAGGACAAAGUCAGUGAGUUGUACAAGAACCCAAGGGAGUGGACACGGAUGGUGAUCAGGAACAUAGCCACCUCUGGCAAGUUUUCCAGUGACCGCACCAUUGCCCAGUAUGCCCGGGAGAUCUGGGGUGUUGAGCCUUCUCGCCAGCGCCUGCCAGCCCCAGAUGAGAAGAUCUGAGCUUCCACACCAGACCCCAUACCUGCCCUUGAGUCUGUUUGCAAUUCCUGGGGAUCAGGCCCACUCCAGGAGGUGGGCCUCUGGAAUUACAUCUCUACCCUACCCCCUUUGCAACCCACUUUCCCCAGUCUCUAGGUCCUGAUGCCUGGUGUCGUGAAGACCUUGCCCUCUUCAUUUCCCUCAGCUCCCUACUCCUUUUAUGUAUGGAUGGGGUCUAACCAAGUGCACCCACUCCCCAAUAAAUCGACUCUUCCUGCGCUUCCUUACUCUU